AUGGCGCCAUUGCGUCGGAGCUCAGAAAUUACCAUGCCUUGUCGCCCCUGCAGCAAGAGCAUCGUCUUCCUCCUGAUCAUGGUGGAGUGGGUGGUGAUCCUUUCCACCAUGGCUACGUCCAAAGACACCACGAACGCAUUCACCUGGCUCGACUGCCCCACGCCGCCGCCGUCGGCUUCACCGGGGGCCACCUCGUCCAUCAACAGCACGUUCCAGGCCAACGUGCUGGCGCUCCUCGCCGCGCUCCCCCCUUCCGCCGGCCCCGCCGCGUUCGCCUCGCUGUCCCGCAGCGAAGGCCGCGACCGCGCGUUCGUCCGCGGCAUGUGCCGCGGCGACUCCGCGCCGGACGACUGCGCCACCUUCCUCCGCAGCGCCGUGCUGGACAUCAACGGCCACUGCAACGACCGGCGCCGCGCCGCCAUCUGGUACGACAAGUGCUUCCUCAGCUACGCCGACACCAACGCGUCCACCGCCUACGAGGGCACCUACCGCCAGGUGUUCUACCACUACAAGAACGUCUCCGACAAGGUCGCCUUCGAGAGGACGUACUACGCGCUGAUGACCCGCCCCACGGCGGCGGCCGCGGACGGCUCGGCGUCGGCUGCGCGGAUGUUCGCCACGGGGCAGGCGGUGUACGCCCCCGGCUUGGGCAACGGGACGAUGUACGGGAUGGUGCAGUGCAUGAGAGACCGCACGGCGGCGGAGUGCGGCCGGUGCUUGAACGACUCGGUGCAGCAGCUGCCGAGCUGCUGCUGGGGGCACCAGGGCGGGGUGGUGCUCGGCUACAACUGCUACCUACGCGUCGAGAUAUACACCUACUACGAUCUCACCGUCGACGCGCCGCCGCCGCUGCCACUAGCUCCCGGGCCGUCCACCUCCAAGGCCAAGCCAUCCGUCGGAGAAGGGCAUGGUGGGUGCAGAAAAGAUGAUUCUAACGAAGAAGACGAAGAAGAAGAGGAAGAAGAUUAA